AUGAGUCCCACCAGCUUCUUCCUCCUUACGGUGCUCCUCAUUCUGGUGACAGAAGUAGCUGCAAGGCCCCGUGAAAAAUUCUCUCAGUCAGCUGAAGAGUUUUCUAGUGAAACUUCUGAAGCAAAAAAUCCAAAAAGCGUCAUCCAUGAGGAGGUCUAUGAGGAAAAGAAGUUUAAACAAAAUACGGCCAACAGCGAUGAUGAUGAUGACAACAAGAGGAGUGCAUCCGCAGGGGAGAUAGAGAGGUCUUACACACGGAAAAAGGAAAAGCAACGGUUUGCACAAGAAAUGAAUAAAUAA